AUGGUUGUCCUCAAGAAAAUAUUGCAUGCACAAUAUAAGAAAACCCUCACGGACUUCGACUACUGUGCAUUUAGCAGUGUGCUUGAUCAAUGUAAGAUCCUUUCUAGAGCUUCUAAGGCUAACUACGUCCACUUUGUUGACUCAGCUAUCUCAUCUAAAGUAAAAGUCUUUUGGAGCUUUGUCAACGAUUUAAGACGAAAAUCUUCUGUUCCGAGUGAGAUGAACUUCGGUGACUCAGUGUCUUCCCAUCCAGGAACGAUGUGUACUAUGUUCAGCAAAUUCUUCUCUUCGGAGUAUGCGCCUGCUGACAACAGUUCACCACCAACAAAGGCAUAUGAGACUCCUUUUACCUUUUCCGAGGUCUUAGUUACUGCUGAAGCAAUCAAUAAAAGGCUGAAAGCUCUCGACGCUUCUAAGGGAUGCGGCCCAGAUAACAUUACUCCUGGAGUCCUGAAGCAUUGCCGCGCCGAAUUAGCCCCCAUCCUUCUCUUUUUGUUUAACCUGAGCCUGGCCAAUGGAGUUUUUCCUGAAAAUCCUGAAGGAGGGUUACGUCGUACCCAUUUUCAAAUCUGGUGA